GGUGGAAGGAAUAAAGCGGCGGCAGAGGCCUGAUGAGACAGCUGACCUGGUUACCAUCACAGCCCGAAGAGCGGAGUUGACAUUUCUGGAUCACUCUCCCUGGAAGCGCCGCUUGCCCGCUCCUCAGAGCAGCAGCAGCCUCCUGGAGCCAGCGCAUGGGGACGUGGGGCCAGCGGGGAAGCCGAAGUCACCAAGCAGGGACGGUUUUCUUUUCCCAUCCCCCCAGCUCCUGACAAACCACAGCUUGACCCAUAUGGUCAAGAGAAACGCUCUCACAGUUCUCUGAUAUUUGAGUAACCACCAGGAGAUCCUAACUCAGUCUAGGGGAAGCCUCCAUCUCACGCUUUGCUAGGAACAGGUGAGCAUACACGCGCGCGCGCACACACACACACACACACACACACACACACACACACACACACACGCACGCCUCCACACCAUGGUGGUUCAGACUGCAGUGGCUCCGAACAGACCUCAGAGACUUUUGCUGAAGAUACCUUAUGGAUCGCUGAGGAGACGCAGCGUGGAGAGGAUGACGGAGGGCCGUCGAUGUCAAGUCCAUCUUCUUGAUGACAGGAAGCUGGAACUCCUAGUACAGCCCAAGCUUCUGGCCAAGGAGCUGCUUGAUCUCGUGGCAUCUCACUUCAACCUGAAGGAAAAGGAGUACUUUGGGAUCGCCUUCACCGAUGAGACGGGCCACUUAAACUGGCUGCAGUUAGACCGGAGAGUUUUGGAGCACGAUUUCCCUAAAAAGUCGGGACCCGUGGUUUUGUACUUCUGUGUCAGGUUCUACAUCGAGAGCAUCUCCUACCUGAAGGACAACGCCACCAUCGAGCUCUUCUUCCUAAAUGCCAAGUCCUGCAUAUAUAAGGAGCUGAUUGACGUGGACAGUGAAGUGGUCUUCGAACUGGCUUCCUAUAUUUUACAGGAGGCAAAGGGAGAUUUUUCUAGCAAUGAGGUGGUAAGGAGUGACCUGAAGAAGCUGCCGGCCCUCCCUACCCAAGCCCUGAAGGAGCACCCCUCCCUGGCCUACUGCGAAGACAGAGUGAUUGAGCACUAUAAGAAGCUGAAUGGCCAGACAAGAGGUCAAGCAAUCGUGAACUACAUGAGCAUUGUGGAGUCCCUCCCGACCUACGGGGUUCACUAUUACGCAGUGAAGGACAAGCAAGGAAUCCCAUGGUGGCUGGGACUGAGCUACAAAGGAAUCUUCCAGUACGACUACCACGACAAAGUGAAGCCCCGAAAGAUAUUCCAAUGGAGACAGUUGGAAAACCUGUAUUUCAGAGAGAAGAAGUUUUCCGUGGAAGUUCAUGACCCACGCAGGGCCUCGGUGACCAGGAGGACAUUUGGGCACAGUGGCAUCGCAGUGCACACGUGGUACGCGUGUCCAGCGUUAAUCAAGUCCAUCUGGGCUAUGGCUAUUAGCCAACACCAGUUCUAUCUGGACAGAAAGCAGAGCAAGUCCAAGAUCCAUGCAGCCCGGAGUCUGAGUGAGAUUGCCAUCGACCUGACCGAAACAGGGACACUGAAGACCUCCAAGCUGGCCAACAUGGGGAGCAAGGGCAAGAUCAUCAGUGGCAGCAGUGGCAGCCUGCUGUCCUCAGGUUCUCAGGAGUCAGACAGCUCUCAAUCGGCCAAGAAGGACAUGCUGGCUGCCUUGAAGUCCCGGCAGGAAGCACUGGAGGAGACUCUGCGCCAGAGGCUAGAGGAGCUGAAGCGGCUCUGUCUGCGAGAGGCGGAGCUCACCGGCAAGCUCCCUGUGGAAUACCCACUGGACCCAGGGGAGGAGCCGCCCAUCGUGCGGAGAAGAAUAGGCACUGCCUUCAAGCUGGAUGAACAGAAGCUCCUGCCCAAAGGAGAGGAAGCUGAGCUGGAACGCCUGGAGCGGGAAUUUGCCAUCCAGUCCCAGAUCACAGAGGCUGCCCGCCGCCUGGCCAGUGACCCCAAUGUCAGCAAAAAACUGAAGAAGCAAAGGAAAACCUCAUAUCUGAAUGCACUGAAGAAGCUGCAGGAGAUUGAAAAUGCAAUCAAUGAGAACCGCAUCAAGUCUGGGAAGAAGCCCACCCAGAGGGCCUCGCUGGUCAUAGACGAUGGAAAUAUCGCCAGUGAAGACAGCUCUCUCUCCGAUGCCCUUGUUCUCGAAGAUGAAGACUCUCAGGUCACCAGCACAAUAUCCCCCUUACAGUCUCCUCACAAGGGACUCCCCCCACGGCCACCCUCGCACCACAGGCCCCCGCCGCCUCAGUCCCUGGAGGGCCUGCGGCAGAUGCACUGCCACCGCGGCGACUAUGACAAGUCACCCAUCAAACCCAAGAUGUGGAGCGAGUCCUCUCUGGAUGAGCCCUAUGAGAAGGUCAAGAAACGCUCCUCCCACGGCCACGCCAGCAACCACAAGCGCUUCCCCAGCACUGGAAGCUGCGCGGAAGCGGGCGGUGGGAGCGGCUCGCUGCAGAACAGCCCCAUCCGCGGCCUGCCGCCCUGGACCGCGCAGUCCAGCAUGCCGUCCACGCCAGACCUGCGCGUCAGGAGUCCCCACUAUGUCCAUUCCGCGAGGUCGGUGGACAUCAGCCCCACGCGACUGCACAGCCUCGCACUGCACUUUAGGCACCGGAGCUCCAGCCUGGAGUCCCAGGGCAAGCUCCUGGGCUCGGAGAAUGACACUGGGAGCCCCGACUUCUACACCCCGCGGACUCGUAGCAGCAACGGCUCGGACCCCAUGGACGACUGCUCGUCGUGCACCAGCCACUCGAGCUCGGAGCACUACUACCCCGCGCAGAUGAACGCCAACUACUCGACGCUGGCGGAGGACUCGCCAUCCAAGGCGCGGCAGCGGCGGCGGCAGCGGCAGCGGGCGGCCGGCGCGCUGGGCUCCGCGCCCUCGGGCAGCAUGCCCAACCUGGCGGCGCGCGGAGCGGGCGCGGGCGCAGGCGCGGGCUCGGGUGGCGUCUACCUGCACAGUCAGAGCCAGCCCAGCUCGCAGUACCGCAUCAAGGAGUACCCGCUGUACAUCGAGGGCGGUGCCACGCCCGUGGUGGUGCGCAGCCUGGAGAGCGAUCAGGAGGGCCACUACAGCGUCAAGGCGCAGUUCAAGACGUCCAACUCCUACACGGCCGGCGGGCUGUUCAAGGAGAGCUGGCGCGGCCCAGCCGACGAGGCCGACGCGGGCCGACUGACGCCGUCGCGCUCGCAGAUCCUGCGGACUCCAUCGCUGGGCCGCGAGGGCGCGCACGACCGGGGCCGCGCGGCGGUGUCGGACGAGCUGCGCCAGUGGUACCAGCGCUCCAGCGCGUCGCAGCGCGAGCACAGCCGCCUGUCGCACGCCAGCUCCGCGUCCUCGGACAGCGGCUCGCAGCACAGCACCUCCUCCCAGAGCACCUUCGUGGCGCACAGCAGGGUCACCAGGAUGCCCCAGAUGUGCAAGGCCACGUCAGCUGCCUUACCUCAAAGCCAGAGAAGCUCAACGCCGUCGAGUGACAUUGGAGCCACCCCCCCAAGCAGUCCCCACCACACCCUAGCCUGGCAGACUGGAGAAGCGACAGAAAACUCACCCAUCGUGGAUGGGUCUGAGUCUUCAACUCACCAAAGUACUGAUGCAUAGAGGAGCUACAAUGAUAGCUGCUUCCUGGAUUCCUCCCUCUAUCCAGAACUAGCGGACGUCCAGUGGUACGGGCAGGAAAAAGCCAAGCCCGGGACCCUCGUGUGAGCCAGCCGGGCCAGUCUGACCGCGACGCCAUUCUGAGUCACCUCACUGCCUCUCAUUUGCCUUACCCAGACGCACUGUCACCUGCACCAGCUUCGGCCCUCAGCACUUUCUUUCUCCUCGUUUCCACAUCCCCUUCACCCUCAAAACCUGACUGAGGAGACAUUCUGGAAGGUUCCGGUUCCACUGUGUGUGUCCCUUGGCUCUCUCAUCCACAGAGGGCCAGACAGCAAUCCUCAAUGGCAUGUUGGUGGCUUCCCCUAACCCAGGAGCUGUCCGGGAAGCCAGCUGGCAUGACAUUCCUGCAGACUAGUAGCACAGGCAGAGAACGGGAAGGAAGGCCAACCUGUCCCACCGGCCAACCAAGGGCUUCGAGAAGAGAAUGCCUCUUGGGGACAUUCAGUGUCCCCACCCCAGAAUAUCCCUAAGCAAGCCAGCUUGGGGGCGUGGGAAGGUGAGAAAGGGAGCUUCACACUUCAGAGCUGCAUCAUGGGCAUCACAAUCAGUUCUAUGCUGCCAAAGGUUAAACAAACAAAAGAAGAUGCCAAGAGGACUUUCUUCCUGCAAGAAAUGUCUUUGACGUUCAAAACUACUCUACACAAACGCAAGUAGGAAGUCCACCUCUGUAAGUCCGUCUUCUCAUGAUGAAGCUCCCUGGCAGUCCACUCCCCAGCUUCGAGAGCUUUGGAAAGUAGCCCUUGAGGACAGCGCAGGAGGAAGCAGGCUGGCCUUGCACACUCAGUACACCUGCCUGCCUGGACACAAAGGAAGAGAGACCCUGGGGCGGGGCCCCGUGCAGCGGGCUCAGCCCACAGCUGAGACCCUUUGGGGAACCAUAGUAAACACAAGGGGAUAAUUGCCAAAAGUGGUCUCUCAUUAAAACAACCAGUAAAAGCGUAACCUAUGUUUUUGCACAAGGCAUUUCAUUUUCUUCUGUUUUCUGGGAAACCAAGGGAAAAAGCACAUUGCAGUCCAUACAAGUGUUUAACUGUUGUGGCUCAUUUUAUGUUUGUUAGCACUUGUGUGACCAAGAGCUCAGAUGCAGCUUCUCCUGUGUGCCAUUUACUCAAGGAACCCAACUGUGCCCUUAGGUAGGAAGAUCUCACGCGUUACUAGCCUGCAGGCAGAGCAGGGUUGGAAAGAAAAAUCAGCCUGGAAAGCCCCGUAUCCCUACAGCAGUGUCAGCCAGCGGGUCCAGCACCUGGUCUGUGGGUACGAGAAGAGGACAAAAGGAAGCAAAUGUGGGGAGCUGCGUGUUUACCUGUGUUUUGAGCUACGCUUAAUACACAACCAGAAAGCCAUCAACCUUCAAAGGCCUCAAAAGUACUUUUCUAAUAACUAACAAAGGCACAGUCUGAGUCAGGUCACUCUAGAUGGCACAGAGAGGUCUCCACAGAAGUGGCAUGUGGUGCUUUUCAUCUGUGUUGGGGGGAGGGUCCUCCAUUGCUACGACUUCCUGUUGAAAGGCAUUUGACAGCCAGGGACAGGAGCCUGGGUGGGAAAAGCAGAACUGAAGUUAGCUGUGGUGUCAAAAGGAAAACCGGUAUUUCUUAUGCGUGGGUAGUCCAAGAAUUACAAUAGACUCCACCGAACCAGGAAGGUUAGAAUGGUCACCACAGCCAACUCACUGACCCUGCUGCUCCCUCCUGUGUGGCUCGAAAAGCACUGGAAGUUGAGCGGAAGCCCUCACAGCAGGCACGGGCCCUCACAAGGUGAAGGGUGGGAACCAGGCACCACCCCGCCGCCCCACUUCUCUGCAGCUUCUCUGCAGCAGUCAGGGCUGCAGGUACAACAGCGGGGCUGGGUAUUCCAGUGCACAGAAAAACUGCAGGGUAAACGGAUGAUGGCUGUGCUGUUGCUAAAUGAAUCUGGGCCUGACUUACCGGAGGGGAUGUUGCUUUUAUGUUAACAGAGCUGUAAAGAGCAGAUUUGUUUUGCGGGUGUCCUUGGAGGGGGUGGGUUCUCCUUCCCUAUUUGGAAACACAUAAUACAUUGGAUCAUUUUCCUUUCCCCGAAGGCAGAUACGUGAAUAAUCAGGAAAAAUGCAACAGCAAAAGUCAAAAGCGAAAUGGAGAGGUGAGCAGCUUCCAAGCUAUACCACAUGUACAGGGACUGGAAAUGGUGUGCAGUAAAUCAGAUCAAGCUUUUAGCCCAGUUCACACACCAGGAUGAGAGACAGGAAUUCCCCCAAAAACUCUGGAUCACAUUUUAGCUUUGAGGGGCAGACAGGAAUGGAGUGGGAGCAGGAAUUGCAGUUCCAGCAAACAUCGUGGAUAGUCUGGUAGUCAGGACGGAGAUUGAGUAAAACAGGUUUUACUGUUUAGCGGUGUUCGGUUAAUAGAAGAUGUACAUAAGGGUUAGUCCCUGGAGACUAACAGGGUCCCUGAGGAUCGGUGUGAUGGGAAGCCUAUAGCUAUGUAUACAAGCACUUGGAAACUCUUUAUAUAGCCCUAUUCUUUAAAAUGAACUGAGAUGGAAUACGAAGCCCCUGGUCUGACCUGAAGCCCCUACUGAAUUCUUCGGAUCCCUAUGAGAAGUUGCCUGUUUCACUGCGAAGUUUGGUGAAGAUGCGUACAGCAGACUGUGUCGUGAGCCAGACUGUUGCGUUUUUCAUUUUGUUAUAUGCAGGUGAGUGUUGGAACUGUUAAAAUCCCAAACCGUUCUCAUUCAGUAUUAGUUUAGUUCUAAAUAUAGCAGACCCUACCCAGGUGCUAUCAGAUGACCAAUUACUGCUUAGUUAACUAGGUGUAAAGUUUUACAUAUCCAUUAAUGUCAAUAGUUUAUUACAGUUGUGUAAAAUGGACUCUAAUAAUGGGGAAAGAUUAGGUUGCUCCCGAAACUGACUGUAGAGCAUGUAAAACGAUUUUACUGGGUUCUGUUCCACUGUCAUCAAUGAAAAAAGAUGUAUGUUGUAGACAAAUUUGCAGAAUUAAAAAGAAAUCUGCUUUUAAUUUAUUCUUUUUGUAUUAAGAAUUUGUAUAGUACCUUUACAUUUUGCAAAACAGUGUUGUCAACACUUAUUAAAGCAUUUUCAAAAUGAAAAGA